AUGUCUCAAUCAAGAUCUACCGCAGCGGGUCCAAACCCUGGAGCCCCCCAUUACUGGAAGCCGUGCGCACUGGUGAUUGGGGAAAACUUUUUCGGUGGCAGUGGUCUCGGUAUUAAAACUCAAAUUAAUACCGCGAUUCACAUCCACAGGGAGACUGAAGGAACUUCUUGGUUGGGCUUCACCAUCGAAAUUCCGUUUGGAGAGAGCAACGAAGACGAUGGCUUUGGUGUUUGCCACACAUAUGAUCGCGUCACGUUGAAGAGCAUCCCCGUGGACCGUUACAAGAUCGAGAUCUCCUUCUCUCUUGAUUCGGCGUUCACCAUUGAGACGCUCAGCGACGAGCUCGAGAAGAUGCUGCCUCCGACUGACAAGAAACUGUCAUGGCUCGAGGUUCACCUGAAAGAGCGUCCUACGAUCAAAGGAUUCGGCAUGCCUUUUGCCAAUCGUGGACAUCCAAGCGACGGGUUCGUCAACCACGAUGGUGCGAUAUACGGUAAAAUGCUGGUCGAGAUCCUUCAACAAGAUACCUUCCAGUUCGUUGUCGCUGCUCCAAGCCAGGUCCUUGAGAAGUUUUGGGUUCAGCAGAUGCCCGAUCCAUUCAGGUAUCCAUAUGGCGAAGUGCACUUCUGGGACAUGGGUCGGUACGACGAGAUUCUCCCCGCGACCAAGGGCAGCCAAUUUACUCGCGCCCUGUCGUUUGACAACGAUAACGAGCAUCUCGCUGCGCUCUCGCAAUCCCAAGUGCAGGAUAUCAUGUGGGUUUAUAAAACUGCGCUCGAGAUUGCCGAAACUCCGCUCCGGGCCUACUUCAUCCCAACCCACGAUGGCAAGGUAGAGGAUUGCAAAUUCUUCUACGUCAUUGUGCCACUUGGCAAGGCCUUCUUGGAGAAGUACGAGGAGACAUGGCGCCGCCUGACCAAAGGUGGGUUGCUAAAGCUCAACGUCUGGGACAACGAAGAGGACGACGUUGCCGUUGGAUGGGACGCACGCAUCCAAGAAGCUUCACGGGGCAUAGAGGUUCUCGAGAGACACCCAUCUGAUAUCAAUGACCUCGUUCUAUAUGUUCGAAGGCCCCGCGAAGAGGACCUGCUGCGCGAUGAUAUCCCGGUGAAAGUCUUUGGCGAUCGGAGAAAGGCCAACCUGGCGCUGCAGAAUGACAAGGAGCAGUAG